AUGAGGCAACUGAAGUAUCACGAGCAGAAGUUGCUCAAGAAGGUCAACCUAUUCGACUGGAAACGAGUAGACACCCAUCGUGAGACCAAAAUUUUGCGGAGGUACUACAUCCAGGACCCGGAGGAUUAUCACAAGUACAACAAAAUCGCCGGCAAAAUCACCAAACUGGUGAGCGAGCUGAGGAAGCUCCCCGAAGACGAUGCGUUCAGGAUCAAAAUGACAGACGCGCUUUUAGAAAAAAUGUAUCAGAUGGGUCUGAUAAGUGUACGCGGCAACCUGGAGCUGUGCGAGCGCCUGGCAGCCAGCGUUUUCUGCAGGCGUCGGCUGGCCACGGUGCUCGUACAGCGCAAGUUUUGCGAACAUCUCAAGCAGGCUAUCACCUACAUAGAGCAAGGGCACAUUAAGGUCGGGCUUGACAUAGUGAACAACCCAGCUUACCAUGUCACGAGAGAGCUGGAGGACCACAUCACAUGGGCCCAGGGCUCCAAGAUAAAGGAGAAGGUGCUCGAUUUCACCGGCGCCAGAGACGAUUUUGAACUGUUGGGGAACUAG